UUCGUACCAACUGUCAAAUCAAAAAAAUAUAAAAUGGUGUCAACAUGCAAAAAAUCUAACUAAAUUUGUUGAAAAUACAAUAAAACCGACAUGAAAUAAUCACAACACAAAAUGGAAUCCAAGAAUAGAAGCGGUGCCGUAAAAUCAAAACGAUCCAAACGAAGAUUCUUAACGAAAUCUGACAACUAUAUGAAUUCGAACGAAACAAACAAAAGCGUCGAUAAAUACACUUUGAAGACACGUGGACCGUACGUCGUUCGUAAUCCGCCAAAAUUAAACACGGACGACAAUCUCGAUGAUGGACCGACACCAAAGAAUCGUACAGAGAAAAAAGAAAAUCAAAGAAAAUUCUCAUCUACCGUCAUAACAACAUCUUUAUUAGGAAAUCGUAAAUUCAUAACACACGAAGUUGUUAAAACUAAACGUAAAAAUAGGAAUAAUAAAACAGAACAGAAUGAUAAUAGUACAAACGAUGUGAAUAAUUCGAAAGACUUAAAAGUUAAAGCUAAAUCUAAAUCGUCUUAUAAAAAAAGCAAUAAAGAUGAUGAUAUAAUUUACGUUCUUCCAUCUAGAAAUUAUAAUUAUGAAAGUAUUACUAAUACAAUAUCAAUGAUAAGCAAACAAGAUAAUCCAAGCAAUAUUUGUAAUAAAGAGAUACAUCAAACAUGCAGUGGCUUUGAUAGAAUUGCUGACGAAGUUCUAGAAGGUUGGAUAAAAAGAAAAGAAAAAAUUAAAAGUUCUGAACAAGCUAUUAUAAGUAAAGAGAAACCUAAUGAAGUAUUUAACCUUUGUGUUGAUUUUAUAGAUCCAAAUAACGAUGAAAAUAUACAUGAAAUACCAUCAACAAGUAAAACAGAAAGAACAUUUAUAAAAUCACAAAAAUCUAUAUCAAGGAAUACAUUACAAAAUAACUACGAUAUCGAUUUGACGGAUAAUAAUAUAUCAAACAAAUUUUACAUAAUAGAAGAUGAAUCGAAACCGAGACUUAAAAAACCUAAAACCCUUGUUAAAAAUAACCUAAAAACACAAUCUUUUAUACAUUCCAAACAGACGAGAACAAAUAAAAAACAUAACUAUAAAGAUAUUAAAAGAAACAGUAAGAAAGAAUUUAUAAGUUUAAUUAAAAAAGAAUUGCAGUUACCUAUAUACGAGGAGCCACGUAAUAUGUUUGAAGCUUUAAAAACAUUAGCGAGGCAUAGAAAUAAAGACAAUCAUAUAUCAUUUGUUGACGGCAUCGCUUCUAAAACAAGGAACGCAGAAUGUGACUAUGACAAUCCAAAAUUAAUUAAAUCCUUCAAAAAAUUCAUACCAAAAAGUAAAAUAAUAAGUUAUCCAAGACCACAACGUAAAGCAAACCAAAGUAAAAUUCCAUCUCCACUUGAAGUGAAACACUUUCACAAGACAACUGUUAAUAAACUACAAGUUAUAACCAUAUAAGGAAAAUUAAAAAAAAACAUUAAUUUCACUCAUACAUAUAAUCUGACGUCUGUCAGAUUAUGUUAUUUUGGACCGAAAAAUUCCAUUCAAAAAGCUGACAGCUUUUUAAAAGACAAUAUGAUGGGUAAAACAAAGCGCAUUCGCUAUGGAAUCGCUUUGUAGCGAAUGGACUUUGUCUAUGGAUGAUAAAUAUGUUUGCAUAUAAGUUUUUCGUCUAUGGAAAUUCUUAGAUUCUUAAAAUAUAGCACUUUACCAUUAAAUUUAAAUAAAACAACAAUUUAAAAAGCUUU